AUGGGGUUUUGUGGAUCACGAGAUGAUGCUCUUCGAGUAGACAAUGGUGUCUUACAAAACGAAUGUUUUGUUGACGUACUGAACAUUGUACCACAUGCAAUAUUUCUCCUAAUUAGUGUGUUUAUUCUCAUUGUUUGGAACCGAUCUGUUCUCGGCCAGCUUCAUGUAACAACAUGGGUGCAUUAUCAUGGACAUUCACUCCGAUGGACUGUCACCCUAGUGCUGGUGAUAAGCUGUGGUGUAGGAAUUGCAGAAGGUGUGAUGUCUGAUUACAUGGACCAGGAUACUGUCAAUGUGCAUACAUUUCUUCCACAAUGCUUGGCCCUUGUUGCGGCUUUAGGAAGUAUUACCUACUAUCACAAUGUGGAACAAUGGAACUCACCAAGAUUUCUCCUGGUAUUGAUGGGAUACUGGUUAUCAAUGAUUGUCCUAAAAUUUUUGAAAGCAUUUUCUUUAUACAAAAAUGAAGUGAUACACGUUCAUCUGCGCGUUUGGCUUACUUGGUUUGAUGUUUUCCUCUACCUGAUACUGCUGUUAGUUGAACUAAAUGUUUUAAGAGUACAGAGGUAUGCUUUUUUCAAGAAGUAUAUUCCAGCUCACUCAUCGAAAGACUUGGGUACAUCCAAGUAUAUACAUGACCAUGUGAAUCUUCUCUCUAAAGCUACCUUUUGGUGGCUUAACUCAACCCUAAUGGAGGGUUAUAAAAACCCACUAGAGAUAGAGGACCUUGGACCUUUACCUAAGAAUGAGGGAGCUGUUACUCAGUAUGCUAAAUUACAUGCUUCAUUUGAAGAAGAAAAGUAUAAAGCAUCUUGCAGCAACAAAUCACCAUCAUUUCACAAGACCUACUUAAGAGCAUUUUGGCCGAUGUUGAUGUUUGCUGGAGUACUGCGGUUGUUUGGUGUCCUGCUGUCCUUCGUAGGACCCUGGUGUAUAGAACACAUUGUGGAUUACAGCUAUGCUGUGAAGUCCGGGACCAAUGUUAACCAGACUGAUCCUUCUACACAGACUUAUAGAGUCAACAAUACCACUGAUAACUCUACAAUCUUCACUGAACCCAAUGGAAAGAAUACUCUGCUGUAUGUGGAAGUGUCCAACUUUUUCUCCAAUGGCUAUGUGUUGUGUGUGAUCCUGUUUGUCAGCACAGUUUUGGAACACACCCUGAUGCAGAAUCAUCAUUUUAUUGUCAUCAGACAGGGCAUUAGAUUAAAGGCUGCUCUACAGACCAUGAUAUUUGGUAAAGCAUUAAAGUUGUCCAGUCUGGUCAUCAACAGUGGAAAGAUGACCAUUGGUCAGAUCAUGAACCACAUUUCCAUGGACACCAUGUUUCUGAUGUACCUCUUCUUCUUCAUCCACUUCAUCUGGGGAGGACCUCUACAGAUCAUACUUGCCCUGUUGCUGAUGUACUAUAAACUAGGCUGGAGUGCUGUUAUAGGUGGAUCACUUGUCAUACUAGCUGUCCCCCUACAAUACUUCACUGGCAACGGUCUGUCAAAUGUCCAGAAGAAAUGUAUGGCAAAAGCAGAUAAAAGAGUGAAGAAAACCAACGAGGUUAUACAGGGGAUAAGUGUCAUCAAGCUGUUGGCAUGGGAACCUAUUUUCAAUAAAAGCAUCACUGAGACCCGUACAGAUGAACUGAAAUGCUUGUAUUUCAACUCGUUAUUUCGUGUUCUAUUGUCUUUCAUUGGUGUGGCUGUUCCAGCGAUAGGUACCAUGGUGACGUUCCUGAUCCACCCCUAUCUUGAGGAUGAGCCGUUCACCGUGGGGAAGGCCUUAUCCACAUUGUCCUUGUUCAAUCUACUUCAACUUCCAUGCUGGCUUAUCACUCAUUUUGUCAACACCUUUGUCACUGCUAAUGUCAGUGUGAAGCGCCUGCUGCCAUAUUUCCUUGCAGAGGAAGUGGAGGGACCUGGAGGUCGUGGUGCAAAGACACACACACACAGCAUAGGAGUGGAGACAACAGAUCUAGAUGGCUUAAUUGGAACUGAAAAUAUAAGGUUGGGGCUGGUAGUAGAUAUUAGCAAUGGAACUAGAAAAACCAGUUCUUUACUAAGAAAGGAUGAGGACACUUGCUCUCUCAGCUCAUUAGAAAGUACCUACUCCCGCACACCCAUGCACAGUCGUCAUGGCAGUAGGGCCUCUCUUCUGGACACACAUGAGGCCAACAAGCGGGCCAGCAUUGGAAGGACCUCGGCAGGCUCAGUGUUGACAGUUAGUGAACCCGCUGAGUCUGGACGGCGACGCCACACAAGUGGUGUAUCUACAGAGGAUGAGGAUGAUGUUGCAGAUGUUACCACAGUAAUAGAACCCCGAGCAACAGUGGAGGUCAGCCAUGGUAACUUCUCCUGGGAGCUGGAAACUAGGGAACUGUCAUUGAAAAACAUUGACAUCAGAAUACCAUCAGGAAAGUUGACAAUUAUUGUUGGUCCUGUAGGAUCUGGAAAGUCUUCUUUGUUAUCUGCUAUUCUCGGAGAAAUGAUCACCGUAUCAGGAACAGUAGACUGGAACAGAGGGACAAGGCGUGCUUAUGUUUCCCAGAAACCUUGGUUACUCAAUGCUUCACUUAAGGACAACAUCCUGUUUGGUCAGCAGUUCCAGUGGCGAAGAUACAACAAGGUGUUGCAAGCAUGUGCAUUACAGCCAGACAUAGCCAACCUGCCUGCUGGUGAUAACACAGAAAUUGGGGAAAAGAACUGGUUAGUCAACAUCAGGAGAACUCUUUACUCUAAAGCUUACACAGUGAUAUUGGAUGAUCCUUUAUCUGCACUGGAUGCUCAUGUAGGUAAACAUGUGUUUGAGGAUGCUAUACUGAAGCGACUCCUAAGGAGGAAGAGGACAGUGAUUCUUGUCACGCACCACCUCCAGUACCUAAAUCAAGCAAAUCAUGUGAUAGUUAUGAAGGAAGGAAGUGUUCAGUACCAGGGGAAGCUGGCAGAUGUUAAGAAAGUUGACCCAGACCUUUAUGAGUCCUGGAGACGAGCUCUUCGAGACUUCAAAUCAACACAAGAACCGAGUCAAAAAGAGACAUUGGGUGUAGACAACAAGGAGGCACUAGAACACUCAGAUUCAGAUGUGACUUUAGUGUCUGAUAACCUUCUCAGACCUGAGGGUCAUCGUCGUCCAUCAGGACAGAUGCUGGGAUCUCUCUCACAUCGGUGUCUGUCCACACAACUCUCAAACAUGGAAGAAGAGACUACAAGUCAAGAGGGCAACGAGAUGAUGGAAGAUCACAGUCACCAUGACAAAGCUAGAGGUAACCAUGACUUGGGCAGAGGAAAACCUUUCCAUGAUACAGAUACAGGUAACCAUGACAGGGAAACUAGUAUUACAUACAUGGGCAGAGGUAACCAUGACAAUGACACAGGAAGCAAGAUAGAUGCUGAAUCAUCAGGAAAGCUGAUAAAGAAAGAACAUCGUGAAAUUGGGGCUGUUGCUGCUGGUGUGUAUUGGAGAUAUAUGCUUGCGUGCUGCCCUCCACUGGCUGGUGUUGUGAUUAUGAUUUAUGUGAUAUACCAUGCCUGUUUUGUGGCAGGUAAUAUGGUUCUAGCUAAAUGGACAGAAGAAGUGACAGAUUUUGAAAUCAGGAAACAAAUGUCAGCUAACUUCACUGAGACGUUUGAUAAUGGUCAGUACACACGACUGUACUCCAUACUUAAUUUAACAGGCAUUGGGGGUGCAAUGUUAGCCAGUGGUCUUCUGUAUAUUGCUGGGAUACAGGCCUCCAAAGUACUCCACUUCACCAUGUUAGAUACCAUACUACAUAUACCAAUAAGGUUUUUCGAUACGAAUCCCACAGGAAGAAUUUUAAACCGAUUCUCAUCAGAUAUGUCACAGAUUGACCAGAAAUUACCAACGACGCUUGAGAACUUGAUGAAAUGUUUUUUCUUGACAAUCUCAGCACUCGUAGUUAAUAGCAUUGGCACUCCAUUGUUCCUCCUGGCAGUCAUUCCACUUUUAGCUUUAUAUUACUGUAUACAGAUAUUCUUCAGGGCAACAUCCAGAGAACUCCAAAGAUUGGAAAGCUUAACAAAGUCCCCUAUAUUUUCACAUUUCUCAGAAACACUGAAUGGCUUACAGACUAUAAGAGCUUACAGAGCAGAGGGUCAGUUUCAGUGCCAGGCUAUACAAGCUAUAAAUAACAACACAACACCACUGCUGUUUAUACAUUCUGUCAACAGAUGGCUUGGCAUUAGAUUGGAUUACAUGGGAGCUGUGGUGGUGUUUCUGGCUGCAGUGUCUAGUCUCAGUGCUUGUCUGGCAGGACAAACCACUCCUGCUUCAGUCGGACUCAGCAUUACUUAUGCCUUGCUUGUUUCUUUUUAUUUGAACUGGAUUGUCAGACUUUCAGCUGAGACAGAGAUGAUGAUGAAUUCUGUAGAGAGGGUUGACGAAUAUACCCAACUUGACACAGAGCCAGUUAGGCAUCCAGAAGGUAACGUUGCUAUAGAUAAAGCAUGGCCUGAAAAUGGGGAGAUAGAGUUCCGCAAUGUAAGUCUAAGAUAUGAGGAGAAUCUUGACCCAGUUGUGAAUGAAGCUUCCUUCAUCUUACAAGGAGGAGAAAAGAUUGGAAUUUGUGGUCGGACAGGAAGUGGUAAGUCAUCCCUUCUACUCAGCCUGUUCCGGAUGAUUGAUAUAUGCCAGGGUCAGAUCCUAAUUGAUGGGAAGGAUACAAUGAAAGUUCCCCUCCCUGAGCUACGGUCUAGACUUGCCAUUAUCCCACAGGACCCAGUACUGUUUGCAGGGACAAUCAGAUACAACCUUGACCCCAAGUGUGAAGUUAGUGAUGAGAGGAUAUGGCUGGCCCUUGAAACUGUACAGUUAAAGGAUACCAUUACUGCCUUAUCAGAACAGCUUGAUUCUUCUGUAUCAGAGGGCGGGGAAAACUUUAGUGUUGGACAGAAACAGCUGUUUUGUCUGGCACGAGCAUUCCUCCGAGAGAACCAGAUCCUGAUUUUAGAUGAGGCAACAGCUUCCAUAGAUUUGGAGACUGACAUCAAACUACAAAAUGUGAUAUCUACUGCCUUUCAGACCAGAACUGUCAUCACUAUAGCUCAUCGCAUAUCGACCAUACUGAAAUAUGACAGAGUGCUUGUAAUGGACAGUGGACGUAUUGUUGAGAUUAACACACCUGACAAGCUUCUGGAGGACACAGACUCACACUUUUAUGCCCUUGUCCACCAAGCUAAAAAAUAA